AUGCAGAUCUCUUGGGCUGUGUGUGCUGUCUGUGUCGUGACACAAAUCACAUUUCAGCCUGCACGAGGGUGGCAGAUGUUUAAAAAUGAUGCUACAGAAAUCAUUCCUGAGAUCACUGAAAAUACAGAAACACCCAUGGAGCCGACUUUCAGCAACAACAACACAAUGAAUCAGGCAAAACAUGGAGGAAGACACAUACAACAAGCUCCAGAGCUUAACGACGCCGCCGGGUUCAGCUGCAGGGAGGUGCGCACCUCUCGCUUUGUGACGGACGGGCCGUGCCGCAGCCUGAAGCCGGUCAAGGAGCUGCUGUGCUCGGGCCAGUGCGAGCCCUCGCACCUCCUGCCCAACUCCAUCGGCAGGGGCAAGUGGUGGCGGCAGAACGCCCUGGAUUAUCGCUGCAUCCCCGCGCACACCCGCACCCAGCGCGUCCUGCUGGCCUGUCCCGAGCAGGAGACUCGGACUUACAAAUUCCGAGCGGUCACGUCCUGCAAGUGCAAGCGCUACACUCGCUUCCACAACCAGUCCGAGCUCAAGGACUUCGGCAAGGAGCCUGCCCGGCCCCAGAAGAACAAGAAACCGCAUCAGUCCAGAGCCAGGAGCGGCAAAUCCAACCAGCACGAGCUAGAAAAUGCUUACUAG